AUUCAUUUUCUGAUCAUUCAGAGCGUUAGUAAAAAGACAACACUUCAAUCACUGCGAGUAGUAUCACUGGCAAAAUCUUAUUUUUAGGAAAAUCAGAAAUGAAUUUAAUGUCAUUGAUAUUGUCAACCGUAGCGUUGCUGGUUCAGAAAUAUGCCGACUACGACAGAGAAACGGACUAUAAAAACACACUUUCUGAGCUGAGUGAAGACCUGAACGUUCCAAGAAUCGCGACGUAUGAUUUCAUUGUCGUUGGUGGUGGUACGGCUGGUUCUCUGAUUGCCGGUAGGCUUUCGGAAAAAUUUAAUGUAUUGCUAUUAGAGAGUGGGGGAAAUCCGGUUCCUACUACAGCAAACCCAUUCCUGAAUGCCUAUGUAUCUACGCAUCCAGCCAUAAACAACAUAUUCUCGUCAGUACCACAGCAUCAUUUUAAUCAAGAGGAUGGAGGGAUAGUCAAAAGUCACACUGGUCGAAUGCUGGGCGGUUCUGGUUCUCAUAACGGUAAUUUUUACAACAGAGGAUCUCCGUGCGACUACAAUAAUUUUGCGAAUAUAACUGGUGAUGACUUGUGGUCCUACAAAUAUGCAUUGAAACACUUCCAGAAUUUUGAACGGUUUAUUGGCAAGCUGGUAAAGGAAAACGAACGUGCAGCUUUCUAUAGCACUCGGGGACCGUUAACAGUAAACUCAGAAAUGCCACCAAUCAUAACAGCAUGGUUUCAAUCUGCUAAGGAACUCGGCUAUAACGUUUGCGAUCCGAAUGGAAAUCAAACGGAAGGAUUUACUCCAGUAGCUAUGUCUAUGAAAAACGGCGAGCGAGAAAGUACGUACACAGCCUUUGUGAAGCCAUACCGGAACUCACGUAAAAGAUUAACUGUUCUAACAUAUUCAGACGUUGAUCAGGUUCUUAUCAAUUCGGACAAAGUAGCUUACGGUGUGCUUUAUCGACGCCAUGGAAUUAUUCAAAUCGCUCAUGCAUCCAAAGAAGUAAUCGUAAGUGCUGGUACAAUCUCGUCACCAAUGCUUCUGAUAAAGUCAGGAAUCGGACCGAAAGACAUUUUGGACAAAGCUGAGAUUCCAGUUUUAAGUGACCUUAAAGGUGUUGGGAAAAACUUCCGGGAUCAUGGAGCAGUAAUACUACGCUUUACUGUCAACAACCCGGACACUACUCUAUUACAACGACUGGAUGAGGACGAUGUGCAAAAGGAAAUUAAGAAAUACCACGAAACUAACCGGAAAGGAUUCUUGACUAGAAUGGAUGUUGGACCACAAGCAUUUAUUGUUUCAUCAAGAGCUAAGGCAGAUGGGCAAAACCAUUGGCCAGAUCUUCAAAUCGUUUUUGUUCAGCAACCUGUCGUGGGUAAGGGCGUACCACAGACAACAUCACUCCAAAUUAUUUUGAAUCGAAUGAAAUCGUCGGGCGAGAUCGGAUUCAACACUACAGCAUAUCUGAAUGGAGACAGAGAUGACUUGAAGUUAGCGCUGAUUGAUCAUCGUCUUUUCUCGGAUACUAGUGAUGCGGAUGUGUUGAUUGAAGGCAUAGAGCUCGGUCUUCAAAUCAUGGAAAAUACGACAUCGUUUCAGAAAAUGACUGUAGAAUAUACAGAAGCGUCUCCCGAACAAUGUCGUAGUCUCGCAUUUCGGUCGCAGGCGUAUUGGAAGUGUUAUGUCAAGCAGCGCGGCUACUCUUGGCUGCAUAUUGUUGGUACUUGCUCAAUGGGAUCGGGUGCAGAUCCAUUGGCAGUUGUCGAUUCCAGGCUUAGAGUUCGUGGAAUUCAACGCUUAAGAGUGGCUGAUGCCAGUGUCAUGCCCAGAACAACAAAUGCAAAUUUAAAUGCAGGAGUUAUGCUUGUUGCUGAGAAAGCGUCUAGAGAUAUUUUAGAUUCUUGGACGGCCACAUCGUCAGUGCCAUUUUAAAGAAAUACUUUUAUUUUGUAGAUUUUGUAGUUACAAUGCCAAUUACAGAAUCAUUCGAAAAUGUUACGCUUUCAAUAUUAGGUUUAAAACUG